UUGUUGUGCCAAGAAGUCCAAGUACAAACUGGAGUCUAUAAAUGAUUCAGCAGUUUACAGAAACCUGUCACUGGUCACUACCGCUGUCUGAUACAGCUGAAAGGACUAGACAAAAGUAAAGAAGAAAAAGAGCAUUUGACUUCACACGUAAAAGCAGGGAAUCAUGAGGAUCCCAUUUGCGUGUUUGCUGCUGCUUUCUGCCACUGUGCUCUCUCAGGAUGUCUCUGACCGUUACAGAAAAUUUAUAGCACAACACAUCAAUGGGCAGAUGAGUGUUAACAGGUGUGACGAUGAGAUACGAAAUCGACAUAUCACCAAAACCGACAGCAAUGAGUGUAAGGAGACCAAUACCUUCAUCCGAGCUACCACCAACAUAGUCAAAUCCAUCUGUGAGCGUGCAGGAGAGCCAUACGGUCAGAUGACCAAAAGCCUCCAACCUUUUGACAUCGUUGUCUGUUCACUGAGAAACCAGCAGGGCAGGCAUCCUCGCUGUCAGUACCGCGGUCAAGCUCGCACAAGAAGAAUUGCAAUCAGAUGUGAGCAAGGUCUUCCUGUGCACUUUGACAGAGACAUUAUACACUUUGACAACUGAUUAAACAGCAGGCGUGUACUUCAAUGUCAUGUCAAAUAAAAUACUUUAAAAGCUUA